AUGCCCCGCCGGGCGCGGCCCGAGGGCGUCACUUCCGGCCGGAGCCGGAAGUCGGAAGUCAGCGCUGGGCCCGGCCUCCGGAGUUUGGGCCGCGAGGCCCGGCGCCGGCGCCUCGGCUGCCGCGUGCAGGCCCUGGAUUCCUACCCCGUGGUGAAUCUGAUUAAUGAGCCCCUGGUGAUAUUUGUUUGUGCAACCACAGGCCAAGGAGACCCCCCUGACAACAUGAAGAACUUCUGGAGGUUCAUAUUCCGGAAGAACCUGCCGUCGACCUCUCUCUGUCAGAUGGACUUCGCCGUCCUGGGCCUGGGGGACUCCUCUUAUGCCAAGUUCAACUUUGUGGCCAAGAAGCUGUACCGACGGCUGCUGCAGCUCGGGGGCACCGCCCUGCUGCCCGUGUGCCUGGGCGACGACCAGCAUGAGCUGGGGCCUGAUGCCGCCAUUGACCCCUGGCUGCACACCCUGUGGGAGAAGGUGCUGGGACUGCACCCCAUGCCCAUCGGCCUCGACGUGAUCCCCCCCGGAGUCCCUUUGCCUUCCAAGUUCGCCCUGCAGUUCUUCCAGGAGGCCCCCGAGAUGUGCUCCGGGGAGCAGCGUGGGGCCAGGACAGAGCCUCAGAGCCCCCCUUCAGAGCUGCAGCCCUUCCUGGCACGCAUGGUCACCAACCGGAGGGUCACCGGGCCCUCACACUUCCAGGACGUCCGUCUGAUCGAGUUCGACAUCACAGGCUCUGGGAUCAACUUUGCGGCUGGCGAUGUGGUGCUAAUCCUGCCCCAGAAUGCAGCCAGCCACGUCCAGCAGUUCUGCCAGGCGCUGGGCCUUGACCCGGACCAGUGCUUCAUGCUGCAGCCUCGAGAGCCAGAUGUGUCCUGCCCCGAGCGGCUACCCCAGCCCUGCUCUGUGCGGCACCUCGUGUCCCAGUACCUGGACAUCGCCAGUGUGCCUCGACGCUCCUUCUUCGAGCUCCUGGCCUGUCUGUCCCCUCACGAGCUGGAGCGGGACAAGCUGCUGGAGCUGAGCUCCCCCGCGGGCCAGGAGGAGCUGAGCCAGUACUGCAGCCGGCCGCGCAGGACUGCCCUGGAGGUGCUGUGUGACUUCCCGCACACGGCGGCAGCCAUCCCCCCAGACUACCUGCUGGACCUCAUCCCCCCGAUCCGACCCCGGGCCUUUUCCAUCGCCUCCUCCCUGCUGGCUCGCCCCUCGAGGCUGCAGAUCCUCAUGGCUGUGGUACAGUACCAGACGCGCCUCAAGGAGCCACGCCGCGGCCUCUGCUCCUCCUGGCUGGCGUCCCUGGACCCUGAGCAAGGACCCGUCCAGGUGCCCUUGUGGGUGCGGCCUGGUGGCCUGACCUUCCCACAGGCACCAGACACACCUGUAAUAAUGGUGGGACCUGGCACUGGCGUGGCCCCCUUCCGAGCAGCUGUGCAGGAGCGAGUGGCCCAGGGUCGGACUGAGAACUUUCUGUUCUUCGGCUGCCGCCAGCGAGACCAGGACUUCUACUGGGAGGCCGAGUGGAAGGAGCUGGAGGAGAGGGGCUGCCUGAGUCUCGUCACAGCCUUCUCCCGCGAUCAGGAGCGGAAGGUGUACGUGCAGCACCGGCUCCGGGAGCUCGGGCCUCUGGUGUGGGAGCUACUGGACCACCGGGGCGCCUACUUCUACCUGGCAGGCAAUGCCAAGUACAUGCCGGCAGAUGUGUCAGAGGCCCUGACAUCCAUCUUCCGGGAGGAGGGCGGGCUCUCCGGCCCUGAGGCGGCCGCCUACCUCGCCAGGCUCCAGCGCACGCUGCGCUAUCAGACCGAGACGUGGGCCUGAAGAGCUGUCCUGCUGGCUGCGGCCACUCUGGCUGCUACCCUGUGGCCGGGGGCUGUCGCCAUUCCUGCCCUGUCUGACCCAGGUGGGAGGAUGGCCAACUCCCCUGCACAGCCACACUCCAGUCGACCCAGGGCCCCAUGCCCAGCCCCCAUCACACACCUGCCCAGAUUCCAGCUACCUGUUCCCUACUGGCCCAGACCUGGGUCCUAGACAGGGCGGCGCCCCGGGCUGCACAGUGACAGCGACCCAGGAAGGCCCCGGCAGCCUGCUGGACACCCAGGCUUUCCCAGACACUGGCUUCUAGGUGGCACAGGAGUCCAAGGUGCAGGGUCAGGAGUGAAGGCAGCAGAAGUCUGGAGGGCCAAGUGUCCCCUCCUCUGCCCUGGGCGACACAUCUGCCACGUCUCGGUGCCACGUCAGCCAUCAAGUGCCUGGUGCCAUCUGGGGCCCCACAGGGCUCAGGCUUUAAGGCCGUGAGGCCCUAAGCGACUGGCGGCAGCCCCCAGCCAGCACACGCUGCUCCCGCCCAGUUCCCGAAAGCCUCAGCAAUAAAUGAUGGCUCAGGGUGGCUGCUUCUGA